GAUGAUACAAAUAUUCAAAAGGACUAUACAAGGAAAGGUGUUAUCAAUGCAACGUUGCGCAAUAAUUCCCCUUCAAGGCCAUUUACAAAUGAUGCCAGUAUCCAACAAGACUACAUGAAAUCAAACGUCUAUACUGAGAAAGUCUUCACUGAUAAUACCUUAGACAUUUUAACAGAUGAUACUAAUAUCCAAAUUGACAACAUUAGUUCAGACCAAAGGAUCAAAGGCAGUACAUAUGGAAUCUCUGGAGCCGCUAUUAUAAUAAUCAUAGCCACAAUUUGUUUGAUUACUUGGCUUUUCAGACGUAAAAAAUAUCGUCAAGAAAACCGUUGUGGUCUGCAGAAAAAUAAAGCUCAUGAAGCUGGACUUCCGGACAACCCUCUAUAUCAUUGCUUUGAAUCACUAGAAAAUUCUAAUGAAAAGAAAUCAAAAGAACAACAAGAAGGUUCCCUACCUUCUGCAAAUGAAGAAGAUGACGCCAUACAGAGACAGAAGAAAACCCAAUCUAUGUUAUACCACACAGAGUUAAAGAGCAGGGACCAAGCAAAAAUUGCCAGUUCAUAUUUUUAAAUGAGUUCAAAUGCACUCUUGUUUUCAGGUUGCAAU